AUGAAUAAGAAUAAAUUAUAUGAACCUAAGAUUGGUAAAAAGGAAUAAAAACUUAAAUAAAUCAAAAAAGAGUACAUUAAAUAUUUUGUUUUUUAUGACUUAACAAAAAAAAGUAUUGAUACCUUUGAAAUUGACAAAAUAUUCAUUCAAGAUGCAUAGUGUAAUUAGAAUUAAUAUAUUCUAGUGAAUAUAGAAUAAUCCAAUAGAACUGGAAUAGUUUUUUCAAUUAAUGAAAAUGCGACUAUAAGUAAAAUAGUUGUAUAAUUAGGAGAAGUUAAAUUUUAUGGUGUAAUAAAGGAAAAGGAUAAUGCUAAAUAAGAGUAUAAAAAUAAUGCCAUAUAAUGA